AUGGUGCCCAUCUUGCCGGAGGAGUGGGAGGCGCUCGGGAACGGGAGCAAGGCGCAGCAGAAAGUGACGCAGGCGUACGAGCGCCGCUGCACGCGCAUGGGCGGCGGAUGGGAGGGCGGCGUGCUCCGCAUCGACUGGCUCGGCGAGAAGACGAUCAUGGCGGGCGUCAACGUCGACAAGACCGCCGACAAUGGCGGCGCGGGCAAACUCCUCUUCGCGAAGCCGUGA